AUGGAAAUCAGUGGGCCGCCUCCAGAGGGGCCCAAACCAACGUUUCGAAGCUACUCCGUGAAACGGCCAAAUGGCCCACCACCCAAACCCAACGCGGCAGGGAAUCAACAGCAGCAAUCAGGCUCGAAAGUCUCCAAAGUCUCUCUCGAGAAAACGCUCGAGAUGUACAGAAUGAACGCUUUGAAGAGCGGGGAUGACCGGCUGAGGUUUGAUUUCGCAAAGUAUCUGUUGGAUGAGAGUGGGAAGACGACGGAUAAUGCGUUGAAGGAUAAGCUGAGCGAGGAGGCGUUUGCGCUGCUGAAGGAGCUUAGCAAGGCGGGGAAUCCGGAUGCCAUGUUCACACUCGGACAAGCCUACUUCGAAGACACCCAAUACACCCUCGCGCACCCCCAACUCCUCGCCGCCGCCAAACGCUCCCACCCGGGCGCCAUGUACCUCCUCGGCGUCCUCUCUGAAAAAGGCGCCGGCACCAAAAAAUCCACAAAGAUCUCCAUGGACUUUUACACCAAAUCCGCACAAGCCGGCUACCGCCCCGCCCUAUACCGGCUCGGGAUGAUCGAAUACCAGGGUCUCCUUGGCACCAAACGCGAUGUCCGGAAAGCGGUCAUGUGGUUCAAGCGCGGUGCAGCUGUGGCGGAUACGGAGCACCCGGAGUGUCUGUAUGAGCUGGCGAAGAUAUAUGAGGAGGGCGUGCCGCCGCAUAUUCAGCAGGAUGAGGGGUAUGCGUUGGGGCUGUAUAAGGAGGCGAGUGAGUUGGAGUAUCCGCCGGCGCAGAAUGUGUUGGCGAGCUGUUAUGAGUUUGGGAGGUUGGGGUGUGCUAAGGAUCUGGUAUCAGCCUUGUACUGGUACGGCCGCGCCGCCGAACACGGGCACCCCGAGGCACAAUUCGUCCUGGCGGGCUGGUACCUCCACGGCUUCCCCCCCCUCGUCCCCAAGAACGAAUCCGAAGCCUACGCCUGGACGUACCGGGCGGCCAAACAAAACCACGCCGAAUCCCAAUACGCCAUCGGGUUCUUUUGCGAGGCCGGGAUCGGAUGCCAAAAGAGUUUGGAGAAGGCGGUGGUGUGGUAUCAGCUUGCAAGCGGGAGGGGGGAGAAGAGGGCCGAGGAACGGUUGAGGGAGUUGAGGGAGGAGAAUCCGGGGAUGCCGGCGUUGGCUCCGCAGGUGGUUAAGGAGGGGAAGGGCAUGUUUGGGUUUUUGAAGAAAUAG